CAAAUAUUCGACGGCGAAAAUGUCCAUCACACAAAUUACAGUUGGAGAUGUACCUAAUAGAAAUAUUUUUGUGCAGACAUCAACAUUUAAAUAUCUAUCAAGACAAGGUCACUUCAUUUCCAGAAAAUGAAAAAAAAUUAAAAUUUAAAUGUGGUUCACCAGUGAUAAAUUUUUGAGGACGCACUGCUUUUUGACUGUAUUUUCGCAUGACAUGGCAACGAUUGAAGAAAUUUUGCACUCGGCUAAAGGAGUUAUACAUGCGCUCUUUUUUCUUUUUAUUCUACUGCCAUAUUUCAUUAUUGAAGCCAUAUUUUCGUCAAAUCCUCAAAGAAAAUCAGUAGAAGGACAACUAGUAUUGAUAACUGGUACUGGACAUGGAAUUGGAAAAUUGUUGGCAUUUAAAUAUGCUAAAGCAGGGGCUCGUGUUAUUGGAUGGGAUGGGUGGAUGUUUCGAACCGACAAGAGGUCAUGGAUACGGCAAAGAAAAUUCAGCAAGAUAUCGGGGAUGUUACUAUUUUAAUAAACAAUGCAGGUAUAAUGCCCCAUCAUUCGUUCCUAGACCACACGGAGCAGGAAAUACGGAGAAUAAUGGAUAUUAACGUUAUGGGAAACUUUUGGACAUUACAAGCAUUUCUCCCUAAGAUGAAAGAAAACAACAAUGGUCACAUCGUAUCCCUUUCCUCAAUGGCGGGAUACGUAGGACUGAUCAAUCUUGUUCCAUAUAAUGCCAGCAAGUUUGCUGUGCGUGGACUUAUGGAAGGUUUAUAUGAAGAGUUCAGGCGACACCCGAACAACAAUGUCAAUUUUACAACCGUAUACCCUUUCAUGACGGAUACCGGGUUAUGUAAAAACUAUGACAUUACCUAUGAACUGCUUUUUCCAUUGUUAAAGCCUGCGUUUGUAGCAGAUGCAAUAUUUGAGGCUCAGAGUACCAACAGAAGAAACGUUUUGCUUCCUGCAGAUAUAGGACUAGCAGUGAAAUUAAAAACCAGAUUUUUGCCACAAAAAGCAUGCAACUACAUAUCGGACAACUUCAGAGCUGAUCUGCUUUCCGACAUACACCUUAACAAUACUUGAAAUAUUAACAGUAGGUAAAAGUCUGCAUUAUUCCCAAAAUAUUUUUUUUUAAGCUGGCUAUGUAUUAUUCAAUAAACUUACCUGUAAAACUGA